CAAAAAAUUAACCUAACUAAAAUUUAGGAAUUAAAAAUUUACAACAUAAGUAUUCAUUAGCCAUGUAUUUUUCUUGGGUCAUUUUUUCCUGCCUACUUGCAGUACAUGCUUCACCCAUCGAGGUGAACAAUAAUGCAGUAAGGUCGGCUAGAAAUGUAAAGUUCCCCACAACGUUUGACAUUCCUACAUCAACUUCGUCCGGAACCACGUCCAGCCAAGGGUCGACGGCAUCUUCGACCACGUGGUCCUCCCGAGCCCCCACCUCGACUCAAGGUUCCUCCACGACUCGAAGGUGGUCAACUUGGUCAACUAGGGCACCAACUUCGUCCUCCUCUUCCACUCAGCCAGCAACGUCCACGUGGCAACCAACCUCAUCCAGCCAAGCACCCACAUCGUCGUCAUCUACUACCCAACGGUCAACCUGGUCCACGUGGUCGACACGUGCCCCAACUUCUUCUCAGGCACCAACUUCCACCACGUCGGGAUCAACUUCGACCUGGAUUCCCACCUCAACCACGCAGGCGACCACGUCAACUCAAGAAUCGUCCACAGAUGGCGGACAAACUUCGUCGACGUCCACCUUUCCAACGACGACUCAAGGCUCAUCGUCGACAUCCUUUGAGACCACCACGACCGGAAAUAACCGGACGAGCAGUACGCAAAAUCCAAUCUGCACCAUCUUCCCGGAUUCUCCAUUCUGUAAGUUGUACCGAAUCAUGGAAUAAUCCGAUUAUUUUGACGAAAAUAAAUUUAACAAACGCUUAACAUCCUAAGAAACUAUGUUUUCAUCGAAAUAAAUAAUGAAAAUUAUGUAUCUGGGAAAUAGUAAACAAACUUAAAGGCGGAAUGCUUCAUAAUCUGAAUUGUUUAGGUUUAAACUUUUAUUCAAAUGUUGAAUUUAUUUAAUCAUAUUAUUAAAGGCGUACUUAACAUGACUUGAAAUAUUUCAAAACUGUUUAAAAGUAUUCUUAGAUAAUACCUUGCAUGCAAAAUCUUAUUUAAAAGUUCAUGGAGUUAAAAUUCCGAAAAUUGAUAUUGAAAUAAAAGGUCCUACAUAGUUUAAA